AUGAGUAGUAUUUACAUUUCGUUUCUUGUGCUAGUGCUUCAUUUGUUUGUUUUAACUAAAAGUUCACGUGUUACUGUUUAUCAAGGAGAUAAUUUACCUCACCAUGGACGUUGUGAACCAAUUACUAUUCCACUAUGUCAGCAUAUAAGAUAUAAUCAAACUAUUUUUCCCAAUAUACUUAAUCACGCAAAACAGUCCGACGCUGGUCAAGAAGUGCUACAGUAUACACCGUUUAUAAAAUUAAAUUGUUCUCCUGAUUUAAAUUUCUUUUUGUGUUCAGUGUUUGCCCCAGUAUGUACAAUAUUAGAAAAACCAAUACCACCAUGCCGUCAUUUAUGUGAAUCUGCAAAACAUAACUGUGAUGAACGCAUGCUACUUUAUGGAUUGCCUUGGCCAAAAUAUUUAGAAUGCUCAACAUUCCCAGCCGCUGGCAGUGAUAUAUGUGUCGGCGAUAAUAAUGGCACUCAAUCUCGACAACCCUCAGAAUCAAAACACCCCAAAGUUGAUUUUAAAGCUAACCUUGAUAGAGACCCUACAAAACAGCAUGGUGCAAGAGAUAUUGGCUUUGUGUGUCCUGUUCAGUUCAAAAUACCAAAGAAUUUGGACUUGGAAUAUUCCUUGAAGGUUGGUGACAAAGUUGAACGUGAUUGUGGAGCACCUUGUAAUGGCAUAUUUUUUAGCCAGGAUGAAAAGAAUUUUGCCAGGCUUUGGAUUGGAAUUUGGGCAACUCUAUGUGCAUUAAGUUGCUUAUUUACAGUUCUGACUUUUCUUAUAGAUACUGACCGCUUUCGCUACCCAGAAAGGCCUAUUAUAUUUCUUUCAGUUUGUUACUUAAUGGUUGCUGCAUCUUAUGUUAUGGGUUGGAGUGCAGGUGAUAGUGUGAGUUGCCAAGGCCCAUUCCCACCUACCAUAAGUGGAACAAGAUUACCAAAUAUAUCAGUAAUUACACAAGGCACAAAACAUGAACCAUGUACAAUUCUAUUCAUGAUUGUAUACUUCUUUAGUAUGGCUUCAAGUAUUUGGUGGGUGAUUUUAACACUUACAUGGUUUCUAGCAGCUGGAUUAAAAUGGGGCCAUGAAGCAAUUGAAGCUAAUUCACAAUAUUUUCAUUUGGCUGCUUGGGCAGUACCUGCUAUAAAGACAAUUUCCAUUUUAGCUAUGGGAAAAGUUGAUGGUGAUAUACUCUCUGGUGUUUGCUAUGUGGGACUUUGGGAUGCUGAAGCUCUCCAAGGAUUUGUCCUGGCUCCACUUUGUGCAUAUCUAGUACUUGGAACAAUAUUCCUUCUUGCUGGUUUUGUUUCCUUGUUUAGAAUAAGAACGGUAAUGAAGCAUGAUGGCACCAAAACUGAUAAAUUAGAAAAGUUAAUGAUUCGCAUUGGAGUAUUUGGUGUUCUGUAUACAGUACCUGCACUUAUUGUAAUAGCAUGUUUAUUUUAUGAACAAGUUCAUUUUGAUAAGUGGAUGGUAACAUGGCAUCGUGAUUUAUGUACUACUCCAAUCUAUUCUAUCCCAUGUCCAUUUUCCUACCAAGACAUAGAGAGACCUAAAUUUGAAAUGUUCAUGAUUAAAUAUCUCAUGACGAUGAUUGUUGGUAUAACAUCAAGUUUUUGGAUCUGGUCAACGAGAAGGAAGAAAGGUUUUUUAAGGUUAUUUUAA